AUGACAUAUUGCAAUUUAUUGGGAUUUAAAGGAAUUGAAAAAUCAGCCCAAUUAGUCUCUGAGAAUGUCUUGUAUAUUCUGAUUCAGUACCCUUUUGUCCGCCGCUGCUGGUUAAGCUCGCCGUUGGGAUGGCAUGCGCCUUCUGCAUCUUCUCUAAAUGAGUGGUUUUAUUUAGCCUUCUCUUCUGCUUCGGUGGAAAAUGCCUCUCUUAUGCUAAUGAUCUUAUGGGCUUUGUGGCAAAAUAGGAACAAUGUUGUUUGGAAGGGCCAUGGUCAGACUGCAAGUGGUGUGUUCUUCAUGACUCUAAAUUUUUUGCAGCAAUGGAAAGAAGCUCGUGUCAAUUCAUCAGUAAGCACCAUUGUCGACUCGGCUUCCCCGGUUUGGUCUCCUCCACCGCAAGGUUGGAUCAAGGCGAACAUUGAUGCCUCUUUAAACUUGCAUUACACAAUGAUGAUGGAAGUUUUUAUGGCUGCUAAAGUAGGCUCUUUUUAUAGCCAGAUGGAUGCAAAGUGUGCUGAAACUAUGGCAUUUCGGGAAGUAUUGAGCUGGAUUAAAGAGUGUGGAUGA